AGAUAAAUGGGAGAUCAUAAGGAAUGAAAUGCAUUCGUAUGUUUCACAGCGCUUGUGACUCCUAGGGCGGCUUCCAAGAAAAGCAUAUUACCUAAGUGCGCAACGAUUACCAGGGAGCACCGCACCUUCUCGUUUUCACGAAGCUUAUCGAGCCUUAUCGAGGCUAUCCUGCACUGCAAAAGCUAUCUUAAGCGCAUUAACCGUAUCAUUUCCCAUAAUUGUUCCAACUCCAAACUCCAACUCCCACUUCUGCUUCUUGGUUCCGCAAUUAACGAUGAGGGCGUGUCUUUGAUCCGAUCUUGGUCUUGAUUUUCCCUCUUUUCAUGUUUGCUGGCAUUCGAUGCGUCCCGCCAGAGAUUCGGCCCAGGAGUUUCCAUUCUUGCACGUCGCACCUACACCGAUUUGACUAUUGAAUAUUACGACACUGUUACAUCAAAAGCAGACUGCAGCAGGAACGUCCGACCACUCAAUAUUGAUAUCAAUUCCAAACUCCAAGGUAUUACCUCCAGGGUUCGACUAGCCUCGAAGACCCUUGCUUCUCCUCCACAUUUCAUUUGAUGCUUCUUGAUUCCGCAAUUGCUCCCAUUCCCAAUCUCAAAAGUCAUAGCCACUCCCAACACCAACACUCCAACUUCCCCUUCGAUUCACCAGGAAAAUUCUAGUCUUCGUCAAACAGUGGUGUGGGUGGUAAUAUUGAGAGGCGAUUUUUUGUACAUCUUCAGCUUCUCAUUUAUCAUUUAUCAUUUCCUCUUGCCCUUAUUUCACUUUGGUGUUUCGCAUCUCCCGCUUCUGCGUGCGAGCUUUCAGUUUCCUGCCGUUGUGUACCGUGUCGUCAUUCCAGAACGUCUAUCUUCCUGCGAUGUGUUAGGUGACACACCGAGACAUUCCCGAUAUGAGACCUUCUAGCAAGAGCCACAUUGGCGUCGAUUUUACAAUGUCGUCGAAUGUUCCACCGGAAUCGAGGGACUCGUCAGCUCCCCCCUCGCCCACAGCCACGAGAACUCUCCAAAGAUCAGCGAGUAAUCUUUCCGACGAGCGAACUCCUCUCCUCCAAAGUGCAGGGCGUUCUCGUAUACGUCUCGGUGGCGCGGCGGAGAUCAACCGCCCAUAUCUACCAAGUCAUCAUAGUUACUCUGGUAGUUUAAGAGGUAGUCGGCAUCAUAGCCGUGCCGGAUCUUGGGGUCAGCGUUUAGUUACCGCAUUAACUUCAGAAAGACAUGGACCUAAGGACCAGAUGCGAGAAUCCAAAAACAUGUUGACCACAGACGACAGAGUUUGGUAUGAUCAGUUUACGUCAACAGAUUGGGUCCACGACAGCAUUGCAGAUGCAUACCGAGUGAAGGGGCUUCGAAGUAGGAAAGAUUUUCGAGGUCGAAUCAAGGCGUUUUUUGAUGGCACACAAGGUUGGAUACUGAGUGCCCUAGUUGGAUUCGUGACAGCUACGAUAGCAUAUACUGUUGAUGUCUCGGAGACUCCUAUUUAUGAUUGGAAAGAUGGCUAUUGUCAUGAUGGAUUUUUCAUCAGUGAAAAGAGAUGUUGCCCUAAUGGAGACAAAUGUGAUGCUUGGAAAUCUUGGUCGAAUUAUGUCGAAAUACCAUUUUUCAGUGAGGACUUAACGGAGUUCUUCAUUUACGUUUUGCUUGUAGUCGCAUUUGCAUCAGCAGCAUGUCUUUUGACUUUGACUACCAAAACGGUUGUACCAUCAACAUAUCAACUUUCUACGUUGGAUGAGAACCUUGGUGCCUUUAGUCGACAUGAUUCCCAAGCGCCAGUCGAUGGCAAUACCAGCCCGAAGAACACGCUGGGAUCUGAGACGAAUGCUCCGAUGAUCUACUACUCGGCUGCCGGCAGUGGGGUGGCUGAAGUUCGCGUAAUUCUUAGCGGUUUUGUUUUGCAUGGAUUUCUUGGCUUUAAGACUCUACUCGUCAAAACACUCGCUCUGAUAUUGAGUGUAGCAUCCGGGCUUAGUUUGGGAAAGGAGGGCCCCUUUGUACACAUUGCAACUUGUGUGGGCAACAUUGCAUGCCGCUUAUUCUCCAAAUACGAUGAUAAUGACGGAAAACGCAGAGAAGUAUUGUCCGCAGCCGCGGCUGCAGGUGUUGCGGUAGCUUUUGGUGCCCCCAUUGGCGGUGUUCUUUUUUCUUUGGAAGAAGUGGCGUAUUUUUUCCCAGCUAAAACACUAUUUCGAACCUUCUUCUGCUGUAUCACAGCUGCACUGACGUUGAAAUUUCUCAAUCCUUAUGGCACCAACAAGAUUGUCAUGUUCGAAGUUCGCUACUUAACGGACUGGACCUUUUUUGAACUCGCCGCUUUCAUCAUGGUCGGUGUACUCGGUGGCAUAACUGGUGCAACAUUCAUCAAGGCAUCUAGGUCCUGGGCACAGUCCUUCAGGAAGAUUGAGAUAAUAAAAAAGUGGCCUCUUUUUGAGGUCAUGCUGGUUGCUCUACUCACAGGCCUCGUCUCCUAUUGGAACCCGUAUACCAAGAUCCCAGUAGCUAAAUUGUUGUUCAAUUUGGCUAGCCCUUGCGACACUGAUAAGUCAGAUAGCAUGGGUCUUUGUCCCAAUAGCAUUGAUGAAAUCUUUCCCAUAAUUGGACAGCUAACUAUUGCAUUUUUCAUCAAAGGGCUCUUGACGAUUAUUACAUUUGGCAUUAAAGUUCCUGCGGGUAUAUAUGUACCAUCUAUGGUUGUAGGCGGCCUGCUCGGCAGAAUCGUCGGCCAUUUGGUGCAAUGGCUUGUAUUAACAUUUCCCCAAGCUUCUAUAUUUGAAAGUUGCGCUGCUCAUGAGAGCGGAACAUCCUGUAUUACUCCCGGUGUUUAUGCUCUCAUUGCUGCCGGCUCUACAAUGUGUGGGGUAACCAGAUUAUCUGUGACCUUGGCAGUCAUUCUAUUUGAAUUGACGGGCAGUCUCGAUUAUGUUUUACCCUUUUCCCUCGCUGUUUUGGUUUCAAAAUGGACAGCAGAUUUCAUGGAACCUCUGAGCAUAUACGAUUUAUUGACCAACCUCAACGCUUACCCAUUUCUCAAUAACAAGCACAAGCCGAUAUUUACCUCCGAUCUUGCAGAUAUUGUACCUCGUGUUCGAAGAGAAAGGGUUAUUGACAUCUCCGUCUCCCCCAUGAUACCUGCUAGUAGUCUGCGCCAGAAGUUAGAGCUUUUGCAUCAGGCUGGUGAGGUUGAUGGUGGAUUGCCAAUCAUCAGAGACGAUGUUCUUGUCGGUCUGAUACCCGCCCCCGAUUUGGAAUUUGCUCUCGAUAAUCUCGAUAACGAGCCGGGUACUUUGUGCCUAAUGGCGACCAUCAGCAACUAUGAUGACUCUGAAGAAGAAGAGCGUGUUGAUCCUACCGACUUCACGCCUUACAUUGAUCCUGCACCGGUAGCUUUAGAUAUUCGUUCCCCAAUGGAUUUGGUCUACGAAUGUUUCGUGAAACUCGGCUUGAGAUAUGUUUGUGUACUUAAAGACGGCCGUUAUGCCGGACUGACUCACAAGAAGACAUUUGUCAAGUACAUGCGGGAAUUGGAAGAAAGAGAUGGGCAUAAUUGAUUUUACUGUUGUAUUGCGUUUUAGCGUCGGGAAUAGGAAUAUGCAUCAACUGGGUGGCGUCAUGAUUUGAUUUUGGGGAGUUUGAAUAUCCAAUACCCUGGUGUAAUUCAUAGAGCAUUACCAUCUGGGGUCAAUGUCGAUUUUACAGACCUGCUUGGGAGGUUGAUUCGAAGAAAAGAUCAUCAUAGAGUCUGCGGUACAUAUUAGACAUAAUCUUUAUCUUCA